AUGGCUGAACAGCGCUCUCGCCCUUCCAGCGUACUACUGGAACCUCCGCCAAAGGGAGUCGAGCUAGAGGACCCUGGAGCGUCAGAUCAUAAUCCAGAGAGUGACGAUGAGCAUUUUUCUGAUGCCACAGAGGGCCAAGCUUCUACCUCUCGCCGGCCAUCCCGGUCCCAAUCGCCAGUGCCACGAACCCGAGUAGAGAAGAUCGAUUCCUCCCCUAGACACGGGGAGAUGCCUGGGUCACCAGCAUACCAGCAGCGGCUAGCAGAUGCUGUGCCAGAUGAGAUUGAUAUCAUUGGGGAGAAAGACAAUACUCAGCUCUCUCCACCCAACCCAGAACGUCCUCUGACCCCCGGAGGGACGCCUAUACCCAUUACCAUCGUAGAGAAAGUCGACCCCAGUUCGCCAGCAUAUGGCGAAGAGCCAGGGACACCGGCCUACGAAUCACGGAAGGCGGACUUCCCUCCUGACCGGAUUUUCAAGCUAGGAGACCCGAGAGCAAGCCCCCAGCUCGUCAUGCCUGAAAAUGGACCCGAAGAUGCUAUCAGUGAUAGCGAUCUUCCAGAAACGCUGCUCUCUCGGGUCGAAUCUUUACCCAAAGAAGGUGUGAAACGACGAUUUACUGCGCACCGUAGGAAACCAAGUGAUGCAGCCCCAGAUGCCGAGGAAAUAGUACUUGAAGUUCCAGAGGAACGAUUGACCAAACCAGGACAACCAAUUCCUGCUACAAAUAGCCCUGAAACCCAAUCCCACAGCAGCGACGAAUCAACGCAACUAAAAGACGGCGAUACUACUCCAGAUCAGGGGACUGGAGGUGGGGCUGAUAACGAUAACGAUGAUGCUGAAUUUGGCGACGAUUUUGAUGACUUUAAGGGCGGGGAUGGGGAUGAUGACCACGACGAGUUUGGAGACUUUGAUGAUGGCUUUCAAGAGCCGGAAGAGACAUCAGACGCCGCAAUACCAGAACAAACUAUCCCUUUACCCCAGCCCUCCAGUCAACCUAUAUUACCGCCUCUUCUAGAUUUCUCGUCCCUUAAAUCACUUCCAGAUCUUCUUUCUAGCACUUCUGAUCACCUUGAUACCCUAUUCCCCAAUUCUGCAAAUAUAUCUUCAUUACCGCCCGUUGAAUCUUUUCCUGACUCCUCUGCAAUAUUUACUACCGAACGCUCCUUAUCCCUUUGGUCCCAAUUAGUCGCCCCUCCUCCACUACAACCUCCCAACUGGACCAAAUCCCGUAUUCGUCGCCUGUUUCUCAUUUCCCUUGGUGUCCCUGUUGACUUGGAUGAAAUUCUCCCCGCCUCAAAACAGAAGAAGCUUGUCCUACCUUCUAUGAACCGUGACACUGCCCGUGUUUCAGGAGAAGAGCCAUCAGGUCACGGCGGUACAUUACUUCGUUCCCGAAGCAAACGGAAGCAUUUGGACGGACAGCCACGCUCAUCGACAUCCCUUGACUCUAACCGCUCACCAUCGCGACCUGUCCCCUCAACCCCUCGACGGAAGGGUAACACCCCGCCCCCAGAACUGGAUCUCUUUGCCACUCGCCGUCUCUGCGGCACUACAGAUGCAGCACUCGACGGCUUCACCGACAAAGAGGUGAAAGAACAUAUCCAGAAACUAGAGAAGAUGACUGUUCGAGCCAGUGAAGUGUUGGAAUACUGGUUGAAGAAGCGAGAUGGUCAGCUUGGAGAAAAGGAGGCUUUUGAGGGAGUUAUAGAGAACCUUGUUAAGCAUGCAAGGCAGGUGAGGAAAUGA